CCAAUGCCAACAUCAAUACCUACCUACUAAGUUUGUUUUGUUUAACAGGGUAUUUAUUUUGUGGUUUUGUUGUUGUGAUUGUAAAAAUGUAAAUUGAUUGAUUGAUAGAAUCGGUCAAAAUAGUAAAUUGUGAUAAUAUUUCGCUAAAUAAACCAACAAAUUAAAACGUAGAAAUAUAAAAGCAUUAAAAUGCAAGAGGGGCACGUUAACAAUUUCGCACUUAAUUUUGAGAACGAACGCUUAAGUUACUGCGGGCAAGACUGCAAAAGAAUACCAACGGCAUUGCAAAAAAUAUAUGGUGCUAAAACAAAAUGUUUGGAUUUAAGUUACAACACUAUCGAAACGCUCAAAGGGCUGGAACACUUCGGCAGAUUGGAGGAGCUGAUACUGGACAACAACAAACUGGGGGACGGAAUCACCUUCCCCUACCUCCCCUACCUGAGGACCCUAUCGCUCAAUAACAAUCAGUUAUCGGACCUCGAAGCACUGAUUGAGCAAAUAAGCGAACGGUUCCCAUCACUCACAUACCUGAGCCUGCUUAGUAACAAGGCGUGUCCGAACCAACUGUCAGACUUCGACAAAGACGACUCCGACUACCAGAGAUAUAGAUACUUUGUAAUAUUCAAACUACCGCACCUACGUUUCCUAGACUCACGUCGCAUCUUCGGGGCGGAGCGUAGAGAAGCGGUAACGCGCGGCGAAUUCAUGCGUGUGCGCAGGCCGCCCGCCGACGCGAUAGACACACAAACACAGACUCAGUCGCAAGUCCAAGCCAGACCGUUGCCUGUGGACUUGGCAGCGUUGGGCAAACACAAAGGUGCCUACGGUAAAUGCCACUACAAGUACACAGGCAAGCAUUCAGAGGGUAACAGAUUCAUUGUAAACAGUGAUUUGUGACCCGAUGAAAGAAGUUUCUCAUCGUUUUCAAGCUAAUCUCCAUCUAAUUGCCAUUAAACAAAGGUAGUGUGAUACCUACUGAAGAAUGGUCUAGGGUUGUCUGUUUGGCGUUGUCUUCGAAUGCGAACAGCUACUUCAAAAAUCUACUCUCCCGGUUAUGUCUUCCCUGGGGAGGCCUGGAUCCGCCUAUAAUAUGACCGAGGAAUAGCAAGGCCAAGAGCGAUUCCCAUCCGAGCUUUGUGUCUUUACUAACAAAUAAGCCUAACCUAUCCUGUAAAAUAAUUAACUCCAAUAGACGAAUGCUAUAUGGUCUGAACAUAAAAAAGCAUGAAUUAAACAAACUACAAAAUUUUCUUUGCAAUUUUAAUAUUAUGAUAUUUAGCAAAGAUUAGUCUUAUAGAAUAGAAAAAAAUUAGUCUUAUAUUCGCAUAGACACGAAUUUGUUUGCUUGUUGCAAUAUAUCACUGGAAAAACUUAAUUGACGGCAAUGUUUUAAGAUGGUGAUGGAAAAUAACAGGGAAACUAAAAAUGUUAUUUUAACAAAAACUGCCAUAAUUAUUAGAUAUUAAGUUUGUUUUGUUAAGUCGUUAUUAAAGAUUGACUACUUAAAAUAUAUAAUAGUGUAAAAUAAUAUGUGAAAUUUAUAAAAAAAUAAUUAUUAUCUUUAUUGUUAAUGGGUAUCGCUUAUUAAUUAACCAUGAUACCAAACUCGUAAGAAAAAUAACUUAUACGACAUUGCAAAGUGCUAUCGGACAUUCCUGGUUAUUUUUGUUAUAAAUCCAUGAUAAAAUAAUAUAUUUUGUUACAUAG